GCACCGCCGGCGAUGCGAGCGAUGGCAGACCAGGCUGCAGUGGCGGUGGAGGCCUCUCCAGCCCUGGCACCAUCCCCGGGCUCUCCUCGACACAGGGACAUCGACGGGACAAAGUCCCAUCCCGCCAGCACCAGGGAGAAUGGCCGCGGCAGGGAGGGCAGCGCGACCCUGUUCCCCAUGGAGGGGGACACGAAGCCCCUCUCCAUGCUCCUGGCUGACGUCCCACGGGGCCCUCAAUCACGGCUGGGCCCGUCCAAAUCCCGCACGGCUCCAUCCUCCCCCAGUGUGUCCCCGUCGGAGAGCCGCACCGCGCUGCUCCGGCUGCGGGAGGCCAGGCUGGAGGACACCAGGAGGCGGCUGUCAGAGGCCGUGCAGGAGCCCCUCAGCCGCCUGAGCCGCCUGAUGGCCGAGGAAAGCGGCCCUGCGGGCCAGGCAAAGGCAGGGGGCAGCCCAGGGCGAGGGGAAUCGGGGGGCAGAGGGGAUGGGGGGCAGCGAGCGCGGGACUGGAGCCCCUGGGAACCCACCCUGAACUGCCGCUACGAGAUCUGCUCCUACGGGGACGUCAUCCAGGUGGUGGAGGUGGCGCGGCGCAAGGCCGAGCCCCCGGAGCAGCCACCGCCAUCGGCCUUGCCUGGGGGCGCGGUGCCGGGCCGGGCCUUGGCCUGCGUUGCGCUGCUCACCUACGGUUACCUGGUGCUGCCGCUGCCGCCCUAUGCUGCAGGCCUCUGCCUGGGCCUCACCUGCGGCCUGCUGCUGGGCCUGCUCGCCGUCCUGCUCCUCCUGCUGAAGCCACCGCCACUGCCGCGCCUGCGCCCCGAGCUGCUCCCGGACAGCCUGCAGGGAGCCCGCAGCCUGCAGGGCUGGCUGAACCAGCUGCACACCUAUGACCCCGAGCUGUACCACCCGUCACUCACACACUCGGUGCUGGCCACGCUGGAUGGGGCCACCCUCAAGCUGUCCUACCCCAAAAGCAACAUCCCACGCCAGGCCACCUUUGCGGAGGAGAUCCUCGAUGUCGUCUUCGUCAGCCAUCGCUGCUACGAUAUGAGUGGUGCAAAGGUCUCCCUCUGCCCCCCUGGCUUGGCUCGAAAGCGACUAUGGAACAAGAAGUACCCCAUCUGCAUCUUCUUCCCGGAGCAGACAGACACAGAGCACAGGAGCAGCGAUGAGCAUGGCACAGAGCAGCCAGGGGAAGAAGGGACGAGGAAGCCGCAGGCACCUGGCCAGGACGUCCCAGGAAACUGCAGGGAAAGGUGCCUGUACCUCUUUGGGAGGACAGGAAGGGAGAAGGAGGAGUGGUACCAUCAUCUUCUGCGAGCCUGCCGUGGGACCCCCAGCAGCAGCCAUGGUGAAGCCAGGCCAGGCAAAGAACCGGCUGCACAGAGUGGUGCCAGCAGCAUUAGUGGGAGCACUGAGGACAUCCCCUCUGCCAUCAGAUCCAAGGAGCUGGCCGGAAUCUUUCAGCAGAAGAUUUUUCUGGAUUACAGCACCUACAUGGCCCAAUUUGUGCCGGCAGAAACAGGGAGCAGCCCAGAGCAGAGCCCCCCUCACAGCACACUGGGCAGCCCCGCAGCCACCAAGCUCAGUGAAGACACAGCUGGGUGCAGUGAGGGCUGUGUGGCCUGGGUGAAUGCACUGGUAGGGCGCAUCUUCUGGGACUUCCUCCGGGAGCGUUACUGGGCCGAGCAGGUGUCCAGCAAGAUCCAGAAAAAGCUGAGCAAGAUCAAGCUCCCAUAUUUUAUGAAUGAGCUGAAACUGACAGAGCUGGACAUGGGCACAUCCAUUCCUUCCAUUCUCAGUGCCUCCAAGCCCACCAUCAAUGAGAGAGGUCUCUGGGUGGACAUGGAGGUCACCUACAGCGGCUCAUUGCAGAUGACCCUUGAGACAAAGAUGAACCUCUGCAAGCUGGGGAAGGAGGGUGCUGCAGAGGACAGUAGCCAGGUGGAGCCAAGCGGAGAAGGGACCAAGCCUCGGCUCAUCCUGCUGGCAGACAGUGAUGCAGAGUCAUCCAGUGCUGGCUCCUCUGAUGAGGAGGACAUUGUCACCGCAGAGCCUGCUGGAACCCCAGGGGAGCGAGUCCCGCCACCCGGCACUGAAGGCCAUGUCAGCAGCAACAGCACGGGCCGGAAGAUCCUGCGCUUUGUGGAUAAGAUUGCCAAGUCCAAGUACUUCCAGAAGGCGACGGAAAAUGAGUUCAUCAAAAAGAAGAUCGAGGAAGUUUCCAACACACCACUGCUGCUGAUGGUGGAGGUGCAGGAGCUGGCAGGCACCUUGGCUGUGAAUGUGCCACCGCCACCAACUGACCGUGUCUGGUACAGCUUCCGAGUUCCACCCCAGCUGGAGCUGAAGGUGUGCCCAAAGCUGGGUGAGAGGGAGGUAACAUUUGUACAUGUCACUGAGUGGAUUGAGAAGAAGCUGCAGCAUGAAUUUCAGAAAAUUUUGGUGAUGCCAAACAUGGAUGAUCUCAUCAUUCCUAUAAUGCAUUCUGGCCUGAAUCCUCAGCCACUCACUGGGGAGCUGCCCAGGGACAUUCCAACCAGGGGAGAAAAGAGACUCUGAAGUGCAGCCCUAUGGGAAGGAUAGAGACACUGCAAAAGGCUCAGGGACCUCACUGGGACACAUCACCAAGCUGAGGCCUGGCCACUGAUGGCAUCCAGUACUAUGCCAUGGGACUUGAGCAUCUCAGUUCAUCUCAUUCUCAGCAUCCUGCACUUUGUAGAUGAGCCUGCUCCUUAAAUAUUGCAAGAAAAAAUUCAGAGACAAAGCAGACCCAGGGGAAGGGGUUUGCUGGACACCCAAGAACUUCACACACCUCCCACCAGCAUCUCAGGAUUCCUCCUAACCAAGCGGACAGCUCCAGAGCAGCAGAGGGCCGUAGUUUCCACUGUCUGAUUCCCAAAGAGGGUGCAGGACACCCAGAUAAGUUCUGCACUCAAUGAGUCAUGAUCACCUUGGAUCCAAGGCACCACAGUUCCAAGACUCAUCACACCCUUCCAUUGGCAGCUGGGCUGCAAGGAAAACGGGUGAGAAACUAAUCCAAAAUCUGAAUAAAUCCAUCACUGGCCAGUCUUACCUA